GUUCCAGAUCAGUCUCGAUCCAGCAUACCUGUUCGACCUUUAACGCCCUCAUGGUCGUUAAAUAACCUCCCAAAAUCCCCCCGCUCACUCCCUCUUAGUCCAAUCCCACUGCAAUCGUUAAGUUACGCCAGUUCUGCUAUCAUACGCUGCUGAUCCAGUGUCUGCCAGCCAGCGCACGAUAUAUAACAUGGGCCUACUUGACCAGCUCUGGGACGACACCGUCGCCGGGCCCCGGCCCGAUAUCGGUCUUGGCAAGCUCCGCAAGCACAAAACCUUCAGUUUCCGAUCCAGCUCGGCCAAGGGAUCGUCGGAUGGAGGAAACGUGGGAUCGUACGGUGAGGAUUCGACGGAGGAGGCGACGAGAGUUACACGGAGUAUUAUGAUAGUGAAACCCCCAGGAUAUGGGAGCGGUAACAGUGGAUCGCCUCCGAUUUCGCCAGCUGGGUCUACGCCUCCGGUAUCUCCGUUUUCUGGCAGCAGCAUGGGGAGAUUCAGAAGGAGGUCGGCAUCGGAUGCAUACGAGAAGGCAAGCCAGGUUGGUGGAGGAGGAGCAAGGAGCAGCCCCCGUUCUCCUUUCGACGUGUGACCUUAGGACGACAUGUAGUGAUAUAAUUAAGCCCUUUCUUUGCUGAGUUUGGGUGUUGCUGGGUGGUGGUGU